GCCUUAUCCAGUUCUACCCGGAGCCGAGGCCACCGCGAGUGUUACUUUCGAGUCGGGUCGAGUUCUUCGAGUCCUUCGUUAACGCAAUUCUUAACACACCGCUUCUUCGUUUCUACACGACAUCACGAUAAAAUGGCAUCAGGAGUAACCGUGGCGGACGUAUGUAAGACGACGUACGAAGAAAUAAAGAAGGACAAAAAGCACCGAUACGUGAUCUUUUACAUUAAAGAUGAAAAACAGAUUGACGUUGAAGUAAUUGGACCUCGUGACGCGGCCUACGAUGCUUUUCUCGAAGACUUGCAGAAGGGCGGAAGUGGAGAAUGCCGUUAUGGUCUUUUCGACUUUGAAUAUACCCAUCAGUGUCAGGGUACUUCCGAAGCUUCCAAAAAACAAAAACUUUUCUUGAUGUCGUGGUGUCCUGACACGGCCAAAGUUAAGAAGAAGAUGUUGUAUUCUAGUUCGUUUGAUGCCUUGAAGAAAUCAUUAGUAGGGGUGCAAAAGUACAUACAGGCGACAGACCUUUCGGAGGCCUCGGAGGAAGCUGUCGAAGAGAAGCUUCGAGCCACCGAUAGGAAUUAGGAGUUUAAUCCAGCGAAUCCAAAACAAUUGCUAUUAUUGAGAGAAAUCAUCAAGCGAUAAGAAAAACACAACAAUCUCCUUUCCCUUAAAAAAAAAAAAAAAUAAAAUAUCAAGCAUAAAUAAAAAAAUAAAAAAAAAAGUCUACACCACUACCAUCAGCAGAAUCAACUAGCAGCAGCAGCAGCAACAACAACAGCAACAUCAACAGUGCUAUUUACUGUCCUAUAUUCGUCGUAGAAUCGAAGAUUCACGUUUUUACAGAUUUUUUCACUUUUUAAAAGUGACGCCCCCCAAAUGUGUGUCGCGUCGCGAGAAAUGUUUGCGCUAAAACACGUACUGCUUUGCUACGUGUGGUAUUUUAGUCAUCAAGUGAAAUAUAUAGAGCGUAAAUAUUAUUUAAAUACAUAAAACGAGAAUCGAAAUUCAUAAUGCGAAUUAAAAUAAU